CCCCGCGACAACAGCACUGGACAUCCGCAUACUUCACCGAUCCGAGCCCAACCACAAGUUCAGUCGGUCGCCCACAAACGCAAGCAAAACAAGAUGGCGACAGCAGACCCUUUCGAUUCGGCGCUCGACCUCCUCCGCCGACUGAACCCCAAGCACACGGCCGAGCACCUGAACAACAUCAUCACGAUUGCGCCCGACCUGACCGAGGACCUGCUGUCGUCGGUCGACCAGCCGCUGACGGUGCGGCGCUGCAAGCAGACGGGGCGCGACUACCUACUGUGCGACUACAACCGCGACGGCGACAGCUACCGCUCGCCUUGGAGCAACCAGUUCGACCCGCCGCUGGACGAGGCCGGCGGGCUGGGCGGUGUGGGCGCCGGCGGCAGCAACGAAGGCGCCGGGGAGGGCGCCGUGCCCGGGGAGCGCGUGCGCAAGAUGGAGAUCAAGGCCAACGAGGCCUUUGACGUCUACCGCGAGCUGUACUACGAGGGCGGCGUGUCGAGCGUGUAUCUGUGGAACCUGGACGACGGGUUUGCUGGGGUGGUGUUGUUGAAGAAAGCCUCACCCCAAAACGACGGCAGCUCCUCCGGCGUGUGGGAUUCGAUCCACGUGUUCGAAGCCAGCGAGCGCGGGCGGACGUCCAACUACCGGCUCACCUCGACCGUGAUCCUCUCGCUGGCCACCAAGGGCGCCGCGCUGGGCGAGGUCGACCUGAGCGGCAACAUGACGCGUCAGGUCGAGCAGGACCUCCCCGUCGAGAACGACGAGAGCCACAUCGCCAACAUCGGCCGCCUGGUCGAGGACAUGGAGCUCAAGAUGCGCAACCUGCUGCAGGAGGUCUACUUCGGCAAAGCCAAGGACGUGGUCGGCGACCUGCGCAGCAUCGGGAGCCUGAGCGAGGGCCAGCGCGACCGCGAGACCCAGCGCGAGCUGAUCGGUAGCAUGCGGAGAUGAUGAUGAUGAAGAAGUGAAAUGAGACAAAUGAACUUUUUACGAGAAUUGUCAGCCUUCCGAAAUCCCGUUUUCCCCUCGCCUCGGAUAAUGAUGCCUUCGCCAGUGCUUGGUUGCCGACUGUUGAGUCAUCUUUCCAGUCACCAGUAAGACCACCGGGAACAUCAACCGGCGGCCUCACUACUUGUGCCUGUGGUGUGAUAUCGGCAAGGGCUUUUCGGUUGUUGAAUGCUCGCAAGGGCCGGAUUCUGCGGAGUCUGGCGAUGAUGAUAUUCAGCGGGCCCGUUUCAGAUGGCCAAUAUCACUUCAUAUCCGUGGAUGCUAUGCCAGAUGACGCGGGUAGAUCCCGCCUGGGGCUCUUUGCAACCUGGCCUUACAGCUCGGAGUAACGUUAACGUGAAUAGCUCCUUUUUCUUUGUAUGUAGGUAUGCAUGAAAUCUGUAAGGCCC